AUGUUCACCUUUCCAGAAUAACCUCCCUUCCUCUCCAAAGGAAGACUGCGGAUAAUGUGGUGGUGCCUCUGUCAGCUUCUUUUCUCCCAGCCUCUCUUCCCUCCUGGCAUCGAUCCUUCUGUCAACACUUUCAACCAUCAUUCCAGAAUUCCCAUUCAGUUUAUGUGGUUCCCUGAUUGGCUGACUGGCUCACUUCUUCAGCGUUCCAUGUGUGGCAUCAGUCGUGGAAAAUCUGGGCCUCAGAUCUAGCCUCAGAUCAAGAGCUGUGGAAAAGCUGUGUGCAUUGGGAUGAGAUGUUACAUGCACCGAUGAGGUAAAAUGGCUCCCAAACCACCACCAGCAAAAGGUCCAGCUCCAGCAAAACAACCAGAACGCCCUCCAAGCAAACUUCAAGAAUGUCUCUCAGGCUACAAUUGUGUAACACUUGGCGUUGUCAUGCUCUUCUCUCUGUUUUUGUACACCCUUUGGUAUAUCAGUUUAUGUACUCUUGAAAGGGCAAAACGGGAACCACUUCGGAAAGCAGUGGCACAACUUAGGCAAUAUAUGAUUGCACAGAAUGCUGAAUAUGGUACCCUUAAUGAUACGGCAAUAAUCCUGGAAGCUGAGAAGGUGUCAAGACAGUUGCUUCCAUGGGCUGAAAAGAUCAAAGAAAUUCAAGCAGAGAUUGCUGACAUUCAUUACAAACUGAAUGAAAACUGGAUUGCCUAUAAAAGCCACCUUUAUUUACUUAAUCCUGAAUUAUUAAACUUUGUGGACUCAAAUAAACUAUGCAGUGAAUCUAAAGCUUUCAUGACUGAUAUUCAAGAUGACGAGGAUGAGAUAUUCUUAGAAUCAGCAAUUAGAAGAAAACAUGGUGAUUACUACAUUGGAUUGACUUAUGAAUCGCGGGAAUGGAGGUGGACUAUUACUCAUGUUAAAGCCUUUAAGUACUACUGGGCAAAGAAUCAGCCAAAGGAUACUCACCUAAACCACUGUGCAAAACUACAAAGUGGAUGUACUACUAAAUUAAAGUGUUGGAUUUCUGCAGCUUGUAACUCGUUGGGAAGAUGCAUUUGCAAGAAGAAACCUGAGGACAAAUGGAUGACCUAAUUCUUUGCUGAACGUUGCAGAAAAUUGUUAUUUGAUGAACUCAGUGAGAAAAAAAAUGCCAAUCGGUGAAGCUGCCUCUUAAAAACAGUUGCCCCAGUCAGCCACUGUGGGGGCAUGAAAGAACUCCGGACUUUGACCUCAGCUUCCAAAUACCUUUUCCAUCCUGCCUUUUCGGAGAUGAAAGACACUGUUUUAUUUAGCAAAUUAAGGGGCAAGUAAAAAAAGAAAAAAUAA